AUGACGGCAUAUCACUUGAAAGCCAGUGAUGGGACAGUGGAAAGCUUCAUCAACAGCAUCCGCCGUGCUGUUCUGAGCCAACCCAACCGACAGGACGGCGACCGUGUGCGCCUUCUCGGACAGCCCUCAGAGCGUCUUCCCACCGGCCUGCCCCCUCUCCCCCGUGCUCCUGCACGCUGCGCUGGACUUGGACACCGCGCGUCAAGCAACAACAACGAGGCGCGCUCCGCUUUUGGGUCACUUCGCCAGCACGUUCAAAUCUAUUCACGCAACGGGCCCGAGAUUCGCGUCGCUGUCGUGGGCAGCUCGGCUGACUUGGACUCUCCGUGUGACAUAGCUGGUCUACAUGAAAUGAGCCAAACUUUUGAGUGGAUGAAAGUGAAGAGGAGUCCACAUCGGACGGCCGGGAUGCGGUUGACCUGUGGGCUGAGCAUCAUUGGCUCGGGCCUCGGCCAUGACAAUGGGGGCAACAGCAUCUGUAUGAAUGGCCGUCCCACAGUGACUGGGACCCCGAGGACCAGCUUCAGCACCAAGCAGCUGACAGAGCUGGAGAAGGAGUUUCACUUCAACAAGUACCUGACGAGGGCCAGACGGGUGGAGGUCGCCGGUGCCCUGCAGCUCAGUGAGACGCAGGUCAAAGUGUGGUUCCAGAACAGAAGGAUGAAGCAGAAGAAAUUACAGAGGAACGGGUUACUCUCAGACACCGGACCCGGACUACCCGCACACCUGCCCCUCCCCUGAGCCGACCUCCCCAAAACACCUGGCCCCUAAAGCUUCAUACAGGCUACAGGGCCUGCUGGAUCGAAGGUGCGUGGCCAACGCAGGUUGUGCCACUAUAACCAACAGAUGCUUUGAUGAGUUUCACUCAUGCUUCACUUUUAUUUGCUCACUUGGAAGAUCCUCAUUGCUCGCGGCGUUGUUCGACAUGUAAGGGCGAGCUGGAACGACCUGUUACCGUCACCGGCCUCAGACUGGUGUGCACUGUAAGCAUUUGAUUUGGAUAUUUAAGUUAGAGUCAUUAAGAUGUGUGCUCAUCCACACUAUGUAAAAGACGAAUCAAACAUUUUUUGAAUUGGCCACUGAAACUAUGGCCUUUCAUUGUUUUUUACUUUCAUUUUUUUUUAAUUUAAGAACUAAAGUUUAAUAUAUUAUAAACGUGCAACUUAACUUUGUAUCCUACUUUGCAUGACAUUGAAUAUGUUUUACCUUAGACCCCCAUUCUACAAUGCUUUUUUGAAAAUAUUUUUUUGAUACAAAUUAUUCAAAGGUGGCCCACUACUUGCCCCAAAGGCCAUUUUCAAGUUCCAAUGUUUGUUUUGUUCUACGGGUCCUGUUUUCUUUCCCUUACAAAGGUGACCUGUGAUUCAUUCAUCACGACUCACAAGGUGCAUAUUGAAGCAGACGUCAUAAAACUCAAGUGCACCUGUUGUAUAUGCCAAGCGCAUCGGCGGCGUGGUUUGUGAGUUAUCAUUUCACUUUGAAAGUACAAUAUUUAUCAAGUGUCAUGCACUAAUAUAUUUUAUAUUUUGUUGUCCUUUGUUGUCCUUUUUUUCCCCCCACCAAUUGCUUACAUAAUGGUUUUUAUUAAACCCCUUCAGCCGAAGGAUUAUGG